UUUCCAACCAAUUUAUACCAAUAAUUAUUUUAAAUAUUUUAAAUUAAUAAUAGGAUUCCGACAGCAAAAUGGUAAAAUGGGAUAACUAAGACAAUUUGAAAUUAUCGGGAUUCCAUGGAUAUUCGUCUCUUUUUCGCCAAAGUUAACUCUUCCAAUUCUAAUUCUACUAGUACUACUACGAAUACUAAUGAUACUAGUAAUACUAAGGCGGGUGAAGUCAAAUCUGGAAAUUCAAAAUCUUUUAAGAAUAAAGAAGUGGAUGAAUCAAAACAAGAUGAGAAUAAGAAUAUUGAGUUUGAGGAGUUUGAGUUUUUGAAUAUUGGGAGAAGGUCAUUGAAGAGUAGAAUUAUCCAUUCCAGUGACUCGGAUUCAAAUUCUGAUGAAAACUCUCUAACCAUUUCUAACCAUAAACCUCUUAAACUCUUGGAACCUGAUGGCUCAGACCAAAUUGAGCUUGUACCACAAGAACAAAAAAAUGAAAAAGAGGAGUCGGUGAGAUAUGAUUAUGAAAAUAAAGAUGAAAAACAAGAUAAGAGAGAUGUAAAAUCAGUUUCUAAUUUGGCCUUGAAAGAAUUGAAGACCGAAAUUGUUGAUCAAAAAACUGGUUCGAAUUUACAAUCUGAUAUUCAAUUUUGUUGUAACGAUGAGAAGAAGGAAGUUGACCUUUCAACUUUUGUUAGGGUUAAAACUGAAGAAAAGGUCGAUGUUGAUAUGAACACUUACCUUAAUACUAUUUCCAUGUCUAAAACUCCUCCCAAAACUCGUUCUAACCCUGAUAAAUCACCAUCUAAUACUUCUAUUUACACCAUAUCAUCUAGCAACUCCAAUGAUUUACCACCCAUUAACACUACCAAUAAUACCAAUACUGGUAAUAAUAAUGUAUUUAGUAAUCAGUUAGUUAAUACGCCCAUCAAUACAAGUGAUAUCCAUGUAAAGGAGAAUACUGGAUUUUUAACACCUAAAAGGAUUAUUGAGGACUUAAAAACUAUUUCUUUCUAUGAGACUAAGGAAAAAAUGCCAAUGAUUUCACUCUUUUCAUCCGAAUCCCCACCCACAGUUAUCUCAGUUCCUUCAGACUCUUUUAACAGUGCUUCCACUCCUAAUUCUAGUGUUACCAUACAUAACACUACUGAUACUACUACUUGUACUACAACUGUUAAAAUUAACACCGGAAAUAAGAAAUCCAUUACCAAAAAGAACAAAGAUACUUUUGAGAAUGAGAAAAGUACCAGUAGAAUCGAGGGUAAGAAAUUUGUGUUUACUGGUGAGAUGGGUAUUGAUCGUUUGGAAGCCACUUUAAGGGUCAAGAAGCUAGGAGGAAUUGUUGUUUCAGCAGUUAGUGGUGUUACUGAUUAUUUGGUUUACGGUGACCGUUUGGAGGACGGAAGGCCUUAUCAAUCUGGCCUAAAGUACAAAAAAGCAAUUGAACUUAAUAAUAAAAAGAAACGCAAUAUUCAACUCCUAAACGAAGAACAAUUCUUACAACUACUCCAAUCAAAUAUCGAUGAGAAUGUUAAAACUGAUAAUACACUUGAGAAUAUUGUUAUAGAGGAUAACACUAUAAAAGAUGAUGGAAAUACGGAGAACAUCAAUAGUAUUGAGAAAGAGUGCAUGGUGUUGUUUGAGAAGUAUAGACCGAAGAGAUUUUCUGAAUUAAUUGGUAAUCCAAGAUCAAUACAGCGAUUAAAAGACUGGCUACAACACUUUCCCAAAGACAAGGGGAAAGAUGAAUUUAAAGCUGCUCUUCUGAGUGGUCCCCCUGGAAUUGGUAAGACUACAUGCGCUAAAUUGGUUGGACAAUUCUUCAAUUAUCACGUCAUCGAGUUAAAUGCUUCUGACCAACGCAGUAAAAACUCCAUUGAAAAUAUUUUCCCACUUGUUACCGGAACACUAACUCUUAACACUAUUUAUUCUGCUUCCUCCAUCACAAAUAACACUUCAUUUAAGAAUAAGAAUAAUAAUUCUAAUGUUAAUGGACUAAAUGCAAAAACAUUGUUGAUACUUGAUGAAGUUGAUGGCAUGAGUAGUGGAGAUAAGGGUGGUAUUCAAGCCAUUUCUGAGCUUAUUGACAUUACCAAAUGUCCAAUUAUUCUUAUUUGUAAUGAUAGAUUUUCUCAAAAGAUGUCCACAUUGAGUAACAAGUGUUUGGAUUUGCGUUUCAACCCACCACCCAUAGAUUUGUACAUAAACCGAAUCAACAAGAUUUGUAAGUUGGAAAAUAUAAAAGUGACUGAAAACUUACUCUUGGAGUUGUAUCACAAGUCGAGCGGCGAUCUCAGAUAUACCCUCAAUUACCUUCAAUUCUACAACUCAAACACAAAUAUAACUCCCUGUAUCAAUAAAAAGGAUGAAUCCCAUUUCCAGAAUCUAUUUGAUAAUUGUAACAAGGUAUUUCAUUUGAGUAAGUUGAGCUUUACUGAGAAGAUUAAUAAAGUUAAUGAGCUGUUUUUUACUGAUUUUAGUCUAAUGCCUCUUAUGUUACAGGAAAACUACUUUAAGUACACGAGUAAUGUGGUACUACUAUCGAAGUUAUCACUAACAUAUGUUUACGCUGAUAUUGCUAAUAAAAUACUCACACAAACACAAGUUUACUCAUUAUUGCCUGAUCUAUCAUCUUUAACUGCUAUUAUACCAUCAAUCGAGAUAAAUAAGUGUGUAAGUGUUUUGAAGGAAAGACUAUCAUUUCCGCAAUGGCUCGGAAAGUUUUCAACCACAAACAAAAACAAACGACUUUUAAAAGAAAUCAGUACCAAUCUAUGCAAUAAAACUUCACUCUACGGAUAUAACCUUAUCAUCGACGGUUUUCUAAAUAUUCUCUAUCAAACUACCAUGAAAAAAUUGAUGAUGGGAAGUUUAGAAGAUUGUGUAGAGUAUAUGAAAAGGAUGGGAAUAACAAAGGAUAUGUUAGUCGAUAAUAUUGCAAGUUUGCGACUUAAAAACGAGGAAAAUUUAUACGCAAAAGUCCCGACGUCAAUUAAAACAAAGCUGACCAAGUUAUUCACAACACAAAUGAUUAAAUCUUCAAGCUCUAAAAGAAAGAUUAAACUUGAAAAUAGUGAUGUUAAAACUUCUGUGGACGAUAGAUCUGACGACGCGUUAAGUUCGCCGGAUUUGUAUUUAACGAAAUUAAAACCUACUAAAAAGGUUAAAAAAACAAGAAAUAAUGUCACUUACACCCCAUCCUAAUUUUUCUACACAUUAA